GGCGAUUUAGCCAGGGCUGGGCGCCCAGCCCCGGCUAAAUCGCCCAGCCCAGGGGUAUCAGUGACUAGUGUAACCGCACCUUUUAUGCGGCAUACAAGAUUAUUGGAGAGAAGAUGUUAGCUGCUUACCCUAGUAUCGAGAGGGAAGGGAAACAUAAAUGGAGCCAGUAUGCGAAAGCACUCAGUCAAAGUAUACGCACAGAGCGUUUUAGACGUAAAAGAAAAAGCCUUCCUGUAACUCAAGAACAACAGCUGCCCCCUAAAAGAUUCACCAUGGGGAAGCACACAGUUACAGACGCCAGCAGUGCUCUUCCAGAAGAAGAGUUUGAAAAGCAUGUUCUUGAAAUCCAGAAGGUUUGGAAUACUUCAGCAUGCAGUAGCUCACAUGUAGAUAUGCUGCUUAGGGAAUCCUACUGCAACAGAAGACAAUGGUUGCCAUAUCUACCAAAUGGAAAAUUGGCACCAAUACUGGAGAAAUUCCCAUGUUUUCAAGAGUCAAGAGUAAAGAAAUUAUGUUAAUCCUUGUUGUUUUUGCAUGCAACUAUUAAUUUCAUUUCGUUUGAUAACCAUUCCUUCAAAUUCUGUUGUUGAUGAUUUUAUUUACUUAUUUCUAAUCCAUAAUUUCGAACAAUAGUGUUUGAUUUUCCUUUUUUGUAAAUGACAAUCUUUUGGAUAUUCUUUUUAGGUACUGCGUGAAGUGGAACGCAUGUUGCUAUGUGAAAUAUCAACAUGGAAAGACAGAUUGGAGAAAAUUGUAGAGACUCUGAGUGAUCAAGUACCUUCUAGUACACGUAACAAUGAUGGAAGUGUUUAUUUUCUUGUAAAUGUGUCAGUUUAUUGGGUACGUGA